AUGUCAGAAACAUGCAUGAAAUCAAGAAAACGCCAGAAGAAGAAGAAGCUGAAAAUGGGCGUCGAGGCAACGACAUCUAAUGUGCACAUUUGCUUUAUACCUUGUUCACCAAGUUACGGAACUUACGAAUGCCUCCAUGACUGUCUCUACAAGCGUUAUCAUGAUGGAAAUUGUGUAAAUGGGCGUUGCUGUUGCUCAUAAUGAUUGAAAGCCGUCACAUUUCUGGUUAGGCCUGGGCAAAAUAACCGGAACCGAAGAACCGAACCGGAACCGAACCGAAAUACCCGAAACUGGAACCGGGCCAAUACCCUCAAAUACCCGAACGGUCCCUAUAUUUUUAUAUCCGAAAUAACCGAACCGAACCGAGAACCGAACGGGUA